AUGGACCUCCUCCAAUCCGUCCGCAAAGAAGGUUCCCGCGGCGGUGUCUCCUUCUCCUGGGACGACGUCCGCAACGCCACGAACCGCGAAUCCUACCUCGGGCAUUCCCUCAAAGCGCCCGUGGGUCGAUGGCAGAAGAACAAAGAUUUGAACUGGUAUGCGCGCGCCGAGGACGCAGAUCUCUCCGUCACGGAGAGAGAAGAGAAGGAGAGGGAGAGGAAGAGGGAGGAAAUCAGGAAGGUGAAGGAACGAGAGGAGGAUGAGAUGAGGAAGGCGAUGGGGUUGCCGGCUUUGGAGAGGAAUGCGAAUGAGGUGCCGUUGGGACUUAGUAAGCAGGUUGGGGCUGUGUUGAAGGAGGUUUUGGAGGAUGAUGAUGGGGAGGGGAAGAGGUCUUUGGGGGGUGAGGAGAAGGAGAAGGAGAAGUCGAGGAGAAGACAUCGGAGUCGGAGUCGGGAGGCAAGGCGGCAUGGAGGAGAGGGGGAUAAGGGGGAUAGGGUGGAGCGGAAAAGGCAUGAUCAUCAUCAUCAUCGUGAUGAGGAGAGGAGGAGACAUCGUUCGAGAUCUGGCGAGAGACAUCGAGAGAGGAGACAUCGACAUCGUUCACGUUCGAGAGAGCGGGACACGAGACAGAGAUCGCGCAGCCGAGACGGAGGGCAAGAUGGGCACAAAUCUCGAAAACAUCACGAUGAACGACCUCGAAGUCGGGACAGAGACAGAGACAGGGCGAGGGAUCACAAACGCCGCUCAAGAUCAAGAUCUCCCUAUCAGGACAGACGGAAGAGGGAUGACAGAUGA